AAAGGCGUAGCCAUUUUGAUUUUGACGAAUAUUGACAUACGUCGUGGAGUCUAGACAGAAAGUCAUUUGUUACGGCAAAAGUGACAUGUAAACAUUUAGAAAUUUCGGGGGCAUAAAAUUCGCUGCAGCCGCGUGCUUCCUGAGGCCGGUCGUGACACGGGGGGGAAAAAAAGGACGAAAAGGAAAGAAUUAACAAAACGGGAAGAGAAAGAGAGGAUCGUCCGACAACAAAUGCGAUAAGUGGAAGCGUGCUAAAUAUUAUACAAGAACAUUAAUUAAAACAACAACAAAUCGGGACAAAGCAACAAUAAUCAGCAGAUUGAAAGGACGCAAUGCAACGAUCUGCGAGGGAUGUAAUUUAAGCGGGUUCCGGUGGUUCAACAGUGCUCUUCCUUAUUAUAUUUUUUUUUUACGUUGUUGUUAAAUUUUUUUUUAAAAAAAAUAUUUCGUUCGUCCUUUUUGUUGGUUGAAUCCUUGUUUUGGUUCUGACUUCUUCUGGGAUGUCUUCGGAUCGCCUGAGAUUUACAACGAGACCUCGCCGAGGGAUUAUUUUGAAAUAAGAUGUAGGUAAGAUGCGAUGGAUAGUGGAGUUAAGAACACGAAGAAGACGACGACGACGACUACGACGAUGUUAAGUGUAGCAACCGGCGGGGAUUCCGUUCCCCAGCAACCGUUGGCCGCCUCAGUAUUUCCAACUACGGAUUCGGAUCAGGCACAAUUCGAAGCCGAUAAAAGAGCAGUUUACAAACAUCCAUUGUUUCCAUUGCUUGCACUGCUCUUCGAGCGUUGCGAGCUGGCGACGCAAUCUUCGGAGCCGCAGUCGAGCGAUGCCUUCAAUUUGGAUAUCCAGGCGUUCGUCCAGCACCAGGAGAGGGAUAGGAAACCCUUCCUGUCGAACGAGCCGGAAAUCGAUGGACUGAUGAUAAAAGCAAUACAAGUGCUCAGGAUACAUCUGCUGGAAUUGGAGAAGGUGCAGGAGCUGUGCAAGGAUUUCUGCAACCGGUACAUCACGUGCCUGAAGGGGAAGAUGCAAUCCGAGAAUUUGCUGCGAUCCGAUUAUCCCCAAGGGCCCGGCCAGGUUAUGGGCAUGGAGAGCAAUAACAAUAACAGUAUGAUGUCGCACGCCAACUCGGAGAGCUCGGAUUCGAACAGCCCCGUUCAAUACGCAAUCAGUCCUUCGCAGCCGCCGGUGGUGCCUCCUCAGAGCAGUCAGAUUGAUGUUAAUACCUUCAAUCUGCACCAAUACCAGCAGCAACAACAACAGCAGCAGCAACAGCAGACGGUCGCUGCUGCUGCUGCAGCCGCGGCGGCCGCCGUUGUUGCCCAGCAGCACGUCGCUCCCAGCGCCGCUUCCUGUGAUAAUUUAGUCGUCCAUGGGAGCACCCCGUUAAGUCAAAUCGGGGCGAACAUUUGCGCGGCCAGCGAAAGCUCGGGCCCUCUGUCGCCUGCUCCGACGACACCUGGGGGCUCCGGCGACGACUGCGACAGUGACUUCCCUAUGAGACGAGGCCGUAAACAGAAACGCGGAGUGUUACCGAAACAUGCUACAAGCGUCAUGAGAUCAUGGCUCUUCCAGCAUCUAGUUCAUCCGUAUCCGACUGAAGACGAGAAGCGUCACAUAGCUGCACAAACUAACCUGACCCUGCUCCAAGUGAACAACUGGUUCAUAAACGCGAGGAGACGAAUCCUUCAACCCAUGCUGGAUGCUAGCGCACCUCCGGACAACUCGAGCAGCACGGGAUCCCCCAGUCACAAGAAGAAAAAAGGCCAUAACAACAACAGGAGGUUCUGGCCUCAAGACUUCUCAACCAUGCCGGCCCACAUGGAUAGCUCACUGCUAUCAAGUUCGGACGAUGAAGGGGACUCCUACAGCAGCGACGGCGAUGAGAGCAAUUUAGUGAUAGACGCGCAAGCACCAACGCACGAGAACCAAAACGGUCACCAGGUGGACGCUCUUGCAUUCUCCGGAAGUCCCGAUUCGAAAUAAUUGGACUUACUUAGGAUUAGUUGGAAAUCGCCAGAAGAGCUCGUCCGGAGGUUGUCGUUUUUUCUUCCUCUCUGAUAAAAUACCCAAAAGGGAAGAAAAAAGGACGUCCCGAAACCCGCCGCUUUCUCUGUAUUAUAAUCCUACAAAUUCAGGGAACUCCGGUCGAUCGCUUCCCAACAAUUAUUAAUUAGAAAAAAGGCUGAUGAAGAUUUACUUUUCUAUGUUUAAUGAUGAUGCCGAUGGUGCAGAUGAUGUAAGGGGGAACGAACGAUGGUUGUUGUUGCAUCCCCCCCGGUAUUGAUCUCGUCGUCACAAGGGAAAUACUACUAUUUAAAAGAUUUCGGCGCAGAAGUAAAACUCUCUUCUUAUAAUGGUUAUUACAAAACAAACAGUUCUUAUAUUAUAUAUAUCGUUCGUUAUUCGUUAAAAUUCCUCACGAAGCAACUUGUAUACGUAAACAUACCUCAAUUUUCAUUAUUUAUAUAAUAUUUAACAAAAAAAAAGAAGAAAAUAUUAAAGAAGAAAGAAGAAAAAAAAAACAAGAAGAUAAUAAAUAAAUAUAUAUAUUUAACCGCGAAUUGGAUCCAAUCGGAGCCAAUCCACAAAAAGAAAAUAUUCGUUUUUGAAAAUGAAGAAGAAGAAGAAUAA